AUGCAGAACGAGUGGUUAGACAUAGGAGAUUUUUGCAUCCCAUUAGCAUUAAAAUGGCGCACUUUAAUUUAUGAUUGGUCGCCAGAAUUGCUAAAAUUCUAUCUCAAUGCGUUCCUGAUGACUCUCCCAGAUCAGAGUAAUUUAGUAAGAUGGGGUAAAAGUACCGAAAAAACUUGCUACAUCUGUGGAAAGGCAGUUGGAACUGUUAAGCAUCUGCUGGUGGGAUGUAAGGUACUCCUGGACAGCGGUCAAUACUCGCGUCGUCACGAUAGGGUUCUAGAAGUUAUACGUGAAGCGGUUAGUCUUUCGGUAGCCAGAGCGCAAAAGGAAAUAACCACAAACGAACGAUCAGUAGGUUUUGUGAGAGAAGACACUAGGGCUACAAAAUCAAACGUCAAGCCUUACUCCAUCCUUAAAGCGGCGUCGGAUUGGACUAUAAUGAUGGACACGUAUGAAAAACAAUAUAAAAUCCCUGAGAAUAUUUGUGCGUCGGCCUCCAGACCGGAUAUAUUUUUGUUUUCACGAAUUUUAAAGCUCGUAGUGAUGAUAGAGCUUACAGUCCCUUGGGAAACCAAUAUCCCCAAAGACAAUACCAUCAAGGUCAACAAAUAUUACGAGCUCACAAACGAACUCACUCGAAAUAGGUUUGUAGUAGAUUUGUACGCGGUAGAGGUGGGAGCGAGAGGUAUAACAGCGAAAUCUCUCUAUAACCUACUAAAGGACUUGGGCUUGUCCAGAACUCACAUUAAUGCAUUCUUGGAAUAA